UUUCAAAUAUUGAGGAAAGUUGAUAAUUUUAUGUGUUCUCCAAAGUUUACUGUUUCGUUUCUAACUUGAACAUAGCAAAGUUAGAAAAAAGGGUACGAUGCAGUGUUUUAUAAACAGUAACUUUUUUCACCAUCACCAAUGAGCUUUGGGGUUUAUUGGAUUUGCAGAUAGGUUAAUUGGAGUGUCAUUUCAAUUAAUGUGAUAAGGAAACCCCAAGUCAGUUAACUAUGUCUUCCGUGUAUAAUAUUGCUCGCCAGUCUCUUUUUGUGGCCCACCAUUCUUGUUUUAUAGCCAUUGUGCCGUUUUCAAGUUGUUGCCUUAUUUGCUAGAUUUGUUACUAAAUUGAUAUUCGGUGCUGAUCCUGUUUCAAUUUUGUCGUCUCAGAGAUCAAUAGUCUUGCAGUGUACAAAUCAAUGGCCUUUGAGCAAUAUCAUGCUCCGGAAUGGAAGACGGCCCCCAGUGCUGCAACAUCUGAGAAUUUUAACGGUAGCUUUGACUGCAAUAUCUGCUUAGACGUUGCGCAUGAGCCGAUUGUCACUCACUGCGGCCACCUCUACUGCUGGCCCUGCAUCUAUAAGUGGCUUCAUGUCCAAAGCGCCUCCCUCGACCCGGAUGAGCACCCACAAUGCCCGGUAUGCAAAGCUGAUAUAUCCCACAUCACCAUGGUUCCCCUUUAUGGUCGAGGCCAAUCCGAAACCGAGCUUAAAGGCAAACAGGCACUUUAUAGAGGCAUGGUGAUUCCCCCUAGACCUCCGGCUUGUGGCAACAAAGCUCUUUUGUCUCCUACAUCCCCGAAUACUCAGCAACUUACUUAUCGGAAUCCUUACCAAAACCAAGACUACAACCACCAUGAUUACUACCAAGACGAUUCUUCCGAACCGCCGAUGCUCAACCUCGGAGGCACCACCUUCACCGGAUUUCAUCAUCCGGUAGUCGGGAUGUUUGGAGAGAUGGUAUAUGCUAGGGUGUUUGGGAAUUCCGAAAGCUUAUACACUAAUCCAAACUCAUAUCAGGUGACAGAAACUGGAAGCCCCAGGUUGAGAGCGCAGGAGAUGCAGGCUGACCGGUCGCUAAAUAGAAUUUCGAUUUUCCUUUUCUGUUGUUUCCUUUUGUGCCUAAUCGUAUUUUGAGUUUUGUUUUUCGUAUUAUUUUAAGGGUGAAUUAA